AUGAAUACAAAUUCAAAUCAAUCGGAUUCUGUUGAAGUAUCAUCUUCAACAUCAUCGGUAUCCGCUAGUUCAUUUCUACCAUUACCACAUUCAACAAAUGCAAUUCAAUCAAUAAACAAUAAUAAUCAGACAACAACUAAACCAAUUCGACGUUUUUCAUGUGCUGUUUGUAAUAUUGAUUUAUCUAAUCAAAAACAUUUUAAUUCACAUUUGAACAGUCGACAACAUCAACAAGCACAAAGCAUUCAUGAUGUAUUACAAUCAGUCGCACCAGAAUAUCGCCCUGCAUAUAAAGCGAUGUUUUCACCAGAGAUGCUUAAUAAAAAAGUAUUUAAUCGUCAGUUACGUUGCGAAGAACAAGUCAAUCAAACAAAACAACCUUUAUUAGGUUUAAAUUAUAUUAUUGAAUUUCAAUUUGAAAAUUUAACUGAUCCAGCUCAAUAUAUAUGUGAAUUAUGUCAUACAAAAUGUUCAUCACAAUCUAUUCUUUGUCAUAUAUUGAAUAUUCAACAUCAACGAAAAUUUUUAAAAAUUCAUCAUCCAGAUAUGUAUGAACGUGUAUUAUCCGCAUCAAAUAUUCGUUCUGAACAACAACGUUUAAUUGAAAAUUUUGCUAAACAAAUACAAUCAAGACAUGGUGGCCCAGGACAAAUUCAACUACAUAUUCAACUUGAUUCGUUUAUUGGACAAAAACCAAUUGUACUUGCUGUUAUAUUUAAAUCUCAAUCAGGACAAAAUAUAAAAGGAAAUAAAAAAGCAUCAAUACAAUUAUCAUCAAAAACUUUUGAAGAAUAUGAUUAUGCAUAUGAAGAUGAACCCGAUAAAGGAAUUGAAGAAUUCACAUCUGAACAAACAAUAAAUAAUCAUGAUGAUUCAAUUCAACGAGGUUUAUCUCAAGAAGAUUUACUUUAUCCAUUUGAUCGUCAGUUUUGGUAUCAAAAUUAUAAAGAUCUUCUUGGAUCUCGACCGAUUGAUCCACAUUCAGUAACUUAUCAAGAAAUAAUACCUGAAUCAAAUACUACGCAACCAUUUCAAGGCAUAUCGCAAACUAUACAUUCCUCUCCAUUAUCUAUCAUUGCCAAUGAAAACCAUUUAACUCUAGAAAAUGGUCAAACAAUUCGUCGAAAUUCUAGUCAACCAUCAAAUCGUCGUGUAAUACUUGAUACCAAUCGAACACCAAUAUUAACAAAUAAUGGUAUAUUAAGAAUAUCUCCAACAAAAAAUAAACCAAAUUUUGAUGGUUAUACAUUAUUAAAUGUACAACAAAAGAAAACGAAUGGUACAAAUGCUGUAUUGAAUGAACAAUCAGCACGUGCUAUAUUAGCAGCAAGUGGUCUUUUGCAAUCGGAUGAAGAAGAUGAACAAGAUAUGACAAUAUCACAUCAAUCAUCAACUAAUAAUAAUGAAGAAUCAAAGAACAAAUCUGAUCAAACUGUUUCACCACUAAUUGCUAAACGAAUGCUUGAUGCUGUACUAAAUGGAGAUCUAGAUGUUGUAAAUAUUCAACCAUAUUUUUCAACAUUUGUUAAUUUAAUACAAUCAGGACAAGUCGAACUAGAACGUCAUCAAGCUGAAAGAUUAUUACAUAAAGUUUUAGUCACUUCAUCAUCAUUAUCGCCACCAAUUAUCAAGAAUGAACCAGUACCAAAUAGUAAUAAACGAACACGAUCAACUAGUCAUUCAAGAGAACGUCAUUCUUCAUCAACAAACCGACAUCAACAUUAUGAAGAAUACAAUUCAUCAACAGAACCUAAUUCAAAGAAAUAUUCGUCCACGUCAUCGUCAUCAUCGACAACGAGACGUGUUCAUUUGACAAAUGAAAAUAAAACAAUGAAUGGAAAACGAUCUAUUAAUUAG